UAGAAACCUGCUUUCAUAGAAAACCAGAGCUUUCUGAAGAAAAGUGUAGCUAAAAGCUCAGAAUGGUUGACAGAAGCGUUGCACUUGAAGCUCUGAGUGCGCUUGCCAAUGCGCAAGUGACAUCUGUGCAAAAACAAAGAUCGUACGCCGCUUCUCCGGGAGUGGGCCAUGGUGGAGGAGCACAGCUGUUGAUCAAGAACCUGAUCUCCUCGAUCUUGGAUGCGGACGAAACCAGGCCGACAUCAAGAUGUCACUUCCAGAACUUACGAUGUGCCCUGGGAGUUGAUGUAUCAGGAGCCGGCUUUCAUGACCAGAAUCUACACCACACGCAUCAACCAAAGUGUCAUAUAAUCGAUGAAGAGGAAUUCUUCGACCAUCCAUACGACUACGACUUCACCAAACUCAGAGACACCGAAACCUACUGCAGGGGUGGAGAGGUGUACGAGCGCCCCUGUGGAUGGUACCGUUUUGGCCUCAAGGUCCUGAAUAAGUACGAUGGAAACGAGUGGCUGGGAAACAGUUUCCGGAGCACCCAGUCGGUGCCAGGCGAGUGGCCCGUGUCCUACCACGGGACGUCAAAGAAAGGCGCUGAAGGCAUCAUUGAAGGAUUUUACGAGCCAGGUCCAGGUCAGGCCUACGGCAGGGGGAUUUAUUCCACCCCGUACAUCGCUGUGGCUGAAGGGUAUGCUCACCAGUUCACCUGCCAGAAGGAUGGAAAGAAGUACAAGGUGAUCCUGCAGAAUCGGAUUAACCCCGAGUACAGAAAGAAGUACAACAACGAGAAAUACUGGCUCAUCCCGAUAAAGCGUGGCCUGUCAGAUGAAGAAGAAGAGGAGUGGGUGAAACGGGCAAUUCGGCCAUACGGCCUUCUUCUGAAACAGGUCUAGAAGAGCAGGAAAAACCAAAUAAGCCCAUAAAUGUAUUCUGGUAUUUCUUUCAAUUUGAUUUAUAUUAAAAAUGAUCAGGGUGACGGGUUUUUCUGGUGGUAGUAUGCUUUUAUUGGUGAAACCAUAUUAUGUACAAGGCUAAUAAUACAUCUAAAUGACCCUGUUUAAAAAGAAUAUAUACAUUGGUGGACCCGUUAGCGGUCAUAAUGUUAUGGCUUAUUGCUGUGAUCCAUCCUUUGUAAUACAAGUGUGUGAAUUUUAAAGGCAUCUUUAUUUGACCAUAAACUACUAUGAAACUGUCUGAGUGGGUUGCUUCCCUUCUUUGUUUUUCAAACUUUAUUGUUAUAAUUUGAGCUCUUUAAGAGCUCCAAACAAAAAAGUCAGUCCAUCAAAUCCANCUAUGUAGGUGGACUGCUACUUUUUGGAGCAGAAAUGGCUGAAUAUUUAGGGAUUUUAAACCCCCAUCAGGUGUGAAAAAAUCCAUCUAUUUGUACAAGCUACGACUAAAAACCUUU